AUGCCCCCACCAGAUGGCAGCAUCCUGCCCGACUACGCGCUGCACCCGCGCGGGGUGGCGAGGUCGGAGCUGGCCGCCAGGCGACGCCGCGCCAUACCAGAGCUGGCUGGCGAGGAGCUGGAGCUGAUGCGGGAGGCGUGCCGGCUGGGCCGGGAGGUGCUGGACAUCGCGGGCAGGGCCGUGCGUCCAGGGGUGACGGGCGACGAGAUCGACCGUGUUGUUUGGGAGGCCUGCGCACAGAGGAAGCUCUACCCAAGCCCUCUGGGCUACAACGGCUUCCCGAAGUCGGUGUGUGUGUCGCCGAACGAGGUCAUUUGCCAUGGCAUCCCAGAUCAGCGGCCCCUCGCGGAGGGCGACAUCGUCAACUUGGACGUCAGCGUCUUCCACAAAGGGCUCCAUUCGGACCUGAAUGAGAUGUUCUUUGUUGGGAAGUGCGACGAGGAAUCGCACAGGCUGGUGCGUGCAAGCUACGACGCACUGCGUGCGGCAGCAGCCGCGAUAAAACCUGGUACUCUGUACCGCGAUCUCGGUAACAUCAUCUGCGAUGUAUGUGCCGAAGCCGGGUGCACGUCUGUUUCUGCUUUCUGCGGGCACGGCGUGGGGAGACUAUUCCACGGACCGCCCGAUGUGCCGCACUACCGCCGCAACAAGGCGGUGGGGGUGAUGAAGCCUGGGCACGUCUUCACGGUUGAGCCGAUGCUCAACAUCGGCAAGAGCGGCAAGGCCAGACUGUGGCCCGACGAUUGGACUCAGGUCACCACCAACGGGAAGAGGUCGGCACAGUUCGAGCACACGUUCCUCGUCACGGAGGCCGGGGUGGAGGUGCUGACGGCUCGCGUGGGUGCUGAACGCCACUGCAUGCCCGAGUACGAUGCCGCGGUCUUCCAGCGAUGGCCGACGCACCUCGCGGCCAUGCGCGCGGCGUGGGCGGAGCCCCUCCGCACCGCCGGGUCCGACUCGGAGGGCGGGGGCGCCGCCGGCCCCGCGCCGCGCGCCCGCGGCUGCGGGCGCGGGGGCGGCUCCGCGUGCGGGCUCGCGGGGGCCGCGCUGCUCGCGUACCUGGCGGCGUGCGCGGCGACCCACCGGCCGGAGCUGGGGCCCGAGAGUGCGGGGUGCUGCGUGGCGACCUACGAGCCCGCGGCGUGCGUGGCGGCGUGCCGGCCAGGCCCAAGCCCAGGUCGGCCAGCGCUGCGCUGGAGCCAGCUGUACAGCAUGGGCGAGCUCGGCAGCGACCUGUUUGGGAACGCGCCGGGGCUGCCGGCCGGAGACAUGACCGGCGCCACAGACACGCUCAACCAUAUGGGGAAGUCGCUCGACGAUUUCUCAGACGAUGUUGACAAGUUUGCAGACAAGGCGAACUUCACGCUCGGUGCCAUCGGUUCGAUGGCCGACACGAUGAGCUCGAACAAAACUAAGCUGCCUGCGUGUACCAGUAACGAGGAGGAGUUCUUGGGCAUGUGCUAUUCAUGCAGCCUGCUGACAAACGGCAUCUACUCGUACCGCAUCCUGCCGAAUGCUUGUUGCAAGGCCAACAACGAAAGCUCGGGCUGCGCAUCUUUCCAGCCAUCUGGCGUGACCUAUAAAGCUCCCCUCCCUGGCUAUGGGUACACGGUCGCCGAGGAUGGUAAGUUUCCCCACCCUACAGGCGCAUGCGACGAUAAUGAGGAGGGUCAUUUGGGCUGGUGCUUCAAGACGUGCAAUGAGCUCACUAACGGCGCGUACAAGUACAGAGUCAUGGCCAACACCUGUUGCAAACAGAAGCCUUGUUGGAACAUCUUCAACCUCAAGACCAAGCUCGGAAUAUGCUCUGGCUUCGCCGUGGGGGGCGGGAAGAACGGGCACGACUGUCCUCGCCCUCGCGAACAUGUAAAUAGUACAUCGGACGAUUUCAGCAGUGUGAUGAACGACUUUGGUGACCUCUGGAAGAAGCGGUGA